AUCCAAUUGUUGAGCUGCCUCACUCCUUACCUUGCAUAACCUUGGUUCAGCUGUCUCCAUCGUCAUCGUGUGCGGCAAUGUCAAGGUACUUUUAACUCACGCCCUGGUUUUCGCAUUCUCCGGUCAAAUCAUCCUCUCAUUCUAUCUCCUCCCCUUCUUCCCCGCCAGGACUUAGACUCUGAGUUCGCGCCAACUCCCAGGGUCCCUUCUUAUCUAUCAGGGUGAUUCUCGCCAGAUCGCGAUAGUGACGGUUUCCUGGAUUGUGUGGAACAAGCCGCAGGCCGGCUACUUCGACUAUCAGAUAUUCGGCUUUGGGACGCAUCUUGGUGUUUUCCGUGACUAUACAGCACAAGCGGGCGGUUUCCACCAUUGUAUUCUCUACCCCACCAAACACCAUCUUCGCUGUCUAUGUCCCAGCCCCGUGAAUUGGGCGAGGAUUCCAAGAACAUGGCCAUCUCAUACGCCAGCGGCCUUCCGGCUGAUCAUACGCAAGCCCUCCCUUCAUUCCGAGAGCUUCUCCCCCCUCACCUUCACGACGAGAUAGAAUCAACCUCCUACUUCACGUCGCGGCAACAUUCGCACGAACGUCCCGCAUCCGCCAGCCAUGACCUGUCCUCCAACCACCGGCUUAUGUCCGAGCGGGCACCCUAUGCCUCCCCGUCCCGUGUCUCGGCGGAAUCCUCUCGCGAUUUCUCGAUAGCGGCCCAUAGAGAUCCCCGGUUACCUCAGACCGCCGGCUCAACGCCUACCACCUACUCCCCGCGCGGACCCAGCCCCAUCCUGCCUCCCAUCCGGGACCUGCAAUCCCUCCCAGACCGCGGAAUGAACCCUUCGAACGCUGCUUUCCCCGACGCCCGCGCCCUCGCGCGUCCCGAUCCCUACGCCGCGGCGCACGACAUGCGCUCCGGUCCUCCUCCCCACGCCUUUGCGGCCCCCGCAGCCAACUACCCCGGAGCGAUGGGGGAUCGACGAAGCGCGGAAGCGUACGUGGGCGCCAACGGGGCGCCCGUGAUGCCGUACCCGUACUCGGGGAUGGCGUACCAGAGUGAUUCCGAACAGACGUCGCCGCAGGCGUUAGCGCAUGGCCCGCAAUCCAAUUUCGGCAUCCUGGGCGACCCGGCCGAUUCGCGGAAUAAACGGCGACGCGGGAACCUGCCCAAGCCGGUCACUGAUAUCCUGCGCGCCUGGUUCCACGAGCAUCUCGACCAUCCGUAUCCCAGCGAGGAGGACAAGCAGAUGUUUAUGACCCGUACGGGGCUUACGAUCAGUCAGGUAAGUUUGUUCUGUAAUUUUGCUGUUUAGGGGGUGGGGAUGACAAUUUUAUUGCAUGGGGAAAUGUAUCCGCAAGGCUAACCGUUUCAAACCGACAGAUCAGCAACUGGUUCAUUAAUGCAAGGAGGCGACAACUCCCCGCUUUGAGAAACCAAAUGCGAAACGGCGGAUCCGACCUCGACCCCCAAAGACAGUCGCCUUUCAGUGACGUCGAGCAGACCUCCUCGGAGUCGAUGCCGUCUCCUCACAUGCUCAACCAGUCUUGAACCACGCAAGACAUUCAGGCAUAUGAAUUACGACACCGAGGAUGUCAUCCACCCACCAAAUACAUACGAGAAAGAGAGACUGUAAAUGAAGCGUCUCUCCUUUCCUUAUUGUCUAGUGCCUCUGAUUUUUUUU